AUGGCGGUUCUUAUUUUUCAGUUGUUACAAGCUGUCCUGCCCCUCUUCACAUCUCCCUUUGUGUAUUUAUUAAAGAACCCCGCUUGGUUCCAGGAAGCUGGGCGCUGGAGGAUCAGAACGAGGUGGCCGGCCUUCGAGCCCCGGCUGCGGGAAAGCCGCCCCGCCGUGCCCUGCCCGGGACGGAGGGCGAGCCCUCCGCUGCGCGGGACCCCUCCAGGGCGAGCGGCCACCGCGAAGGCCGCUCCCGGACGCCGGCCCCGAGCGCUGCCCGCCCCGCCUCCAGCGCGCGGGCCCCUGGCGGCCCGGCCCGGCCCGUUCGCGGGAAGCGGGGCUGGAGGCCCAGGCCGAGGGCCGGGGAGGCCGCCCCACAGGUCCCGCCCCAGGCCGCCAGGGACAGCGCAACCCCGGGAACUGAACCCGGAGAGCGGGCCUAGCGCGGCCUCCGGAGCAAGGUACGGGGCCCCGCGGGCCUCGGGUUCGUGUGCGGCCAGUCGGCCAGGCUGGCCCGCGCGCUCCGGGAACUUUCUCGACGGUCGCCGUGGGCAGAGGCCGAGGCCCGGGCUCCCCGCGUUCCUGCCCGCGGCCCGGCCCUGCCGCGCUUCCCGCCCGCAGCACGAGGCUUCGCGGAGCGGCCGGCACGUGCUCUCCCUGGACCCGGGGCGGAGCGGGCGAGGGCGGCCGCGGUGGCCGGGGCGCAGAUCCGGGCAGCGGCCACCUGUUUGCGGGCGCGGUUUGGGAAGCGUCCUGGGUCACCUCCCUCGGGACGCGCGGGGUGUGUGGCCGGCGACACCGGCUAAACCGAGCGGCCUGUGGAGUCGAAGCCCUCGGCCCCGAGCCGCACGAGCGCGUCUGGGGAGCGCAACGAAACCUCCGGGCGCUCGGUUUGCAGCCGCCUUCUGCCCGCUCGCCCUGCCGGCCAGGACGGCCCCGGGACGGCCACGCGGGAGGGGAGGACCCGCGGCCAGAGGUGGCCGGGACAGGCGGGCUAGGCCGAAAACCAUCGGCAGAGCAUCGCGGUUCGUUGAAGCCCGGAGAUUCGGUGGAAGAGGCCGGCUCGGGCGCUCUUCUGGCUUUGGGAGUUCGAUUUUAGUUCAAACACAUACGGGCAGCCCUUCGGAGGCUUUCGGGAGCAGAACCCUGGCCAGCGGUUCAGUCUUCUGGGGGGAAAGGCAGCCAGGCAGGACAGCCAGAACUCAGAGCGCUUGUGAAUAUGUCUACUUUUGUUUUGUGGAGUUAAAAAGAGACCACGGGACUUUAAAACUCAGGUGUUGGUGCUACAAUCUUCUCUUCCUCCUCCUUACUCUGCACCAAGGAUUUGGCUUCAAAGCUGUUGGGGAAAGAGAGGGAGAGGUAUAAUAAAGAAUAUUACUGCAGGCUCUGAUCUCAUCCAUUCCUGAAGCCUAACACCCCUUCCCAAGCCUUGUUCCUGUGUGUCAAAUCCUGUGUAGCUAGUUUGCAAAGAUGGCCUCCAGUGAGUGGCCUCUCUCAGGAUUCAUAUGCUGGUUUAACUACUCCCACAGUGAGCUGGAGUCCCCUGCCACUCCAAGGAUUUUUGAAAUGGGGCAGGAUGAUCCUAUGCCAACUUCAGGCCUCAUCUACCAAAUGCCAAGCUGCCUUGACAAUUCUGCACCUUGACAGUCACACCUGCUGAAGGACCCCUUGGAAAGAAAGACCCAGGCAUCCCCGGAUCCUAGCAAACUCACCUUUUAUACUUACCUCAAGAUGCCAUACCUGUGAUUCUUGAGUCUAACCAUUGCAUACCUGAGGCCCCCGACCCCACACAGGCUACAGAAGUUCCUGCUGAACCCGACGGACAACCCAAACAAAGCUUCCCUCUGCCCUUUUUACUGCUGCACGGUCUGGCAACUUGCUCCUUCACUGGGCUGCUUCAAGUCCCUGAAUGUGUUUUGCUGUUUCUUUUUUCUUCUCUUGUUAGAAACACGUUAGCUUUUAAAGAUAACCACUAUUAAUACCAUAUUCCUACGUAACCUUUGUGUCUUUGCUUAGACAUUACUAAAACUGGAUGACUAGGUUAAUGGCAUCGCUGCCCUUCAGUAAUGGAAAACACCACUUACUGGCAGAAUACUGGCUGAGAGCUUUCAAUAAGUGGCAAGUUUUUCUUCUGUCAAGUGUUAAUAAUAUUACCAAUUGCUUCUAAGUUUGUUGGGAUCAUGUAAGACCAAUCAAAAUAUACUAUUAUUAGUGUUGGCCAUACUUUAUCAUGAGCGGUGUUUCAUCAUUGUGUACUAGAAUCCCAAAGUGCUAAUAGGAAGUGACUGACGGAGUUCAGAGCAGUUGGGUUUUUACUGAUUGAAAUAAAGGAACAACU